AUUAAAAAAAAUACUGAUUACAUUACACAAUAACUUAUUGUUCCUAUUAAAAUUUAGUCUUGAUUCGUAAGAAACGAACUAUUGGAAAAGGUUUCGUCCUCCGACGUGCUGUCACUGCGAGCUAAAUUGAAGCUUUGUAACGUUAGCCAUAGCUAGUUAGCGUAGCCACCUCUCCCAACAGUCAAGAAAGCCAGUACUGGAAUAGUAGUAGCCGUGAAACCUAAAACCUUUCCAAGACUGAUCGCACUUAUUAACAAGCUCCUUGACUGGUUCAAAGCCUUGUUUUGGAAAGAGGAGAUGGAGUUGACAUUGGUUGGACUCCAGUAUUCGGGCAAGACGACAUUCGUAAACGUUAUUGCGUCGGGUCAGUUCAGUGAAGACAUGAUCCCUACCGUGGGAUUCAACAUGAGGAAGAUAACCAAGGGUAACGUAACCAUCAAGCUGUGGGAUAUCGGUGGACAACCCCGCUUCAGGAGUAUGUGGGAGCGGUACUGCAGAGGAGUCAGUGCCAUUGUGUACAUGGUAGAUGCAGCAGACCCAGAGAAGAUAGAGGCGUCGAAGAACGAGCUCCACAACCUGCUGGACAAGCCUCAGCUGCAGGGCAUACCUGUGCUGGUUCUGGGGAACAAGAGGGACUUGCAUGGGGCUCUGGAUGAGAAGGAGCUGAUAGAGAAAAUGAACCUGUCAGCCAUCCAGGACAGAGAGAUCUGUUGCUACUCUAUCUCCUGCAAGGAGAAGGACAACAUUGACAUCACACUACAGUGGCUGAUCCAGCACUCCAGAACCAAGAGGAGCUCUUGAGAACAUGGCAGUCUAUGACACAGUCCUGAGAACACCAACCCCCCCAUCCCUCUACCCUCCACAGCUUGUCCGUAACCCCUAUCCCCCCUCCCCUGUCUUUUUUAAAUUUUUCCUCUUUUUUUUUGGAUGCCCUUUGCCCCUUCGCUAGACCCCCACCGCCCCCCCCCCCCUUCCCGCUGAGGCAACGCAAAGACCUUUUACUUGCACUGUUCAUUUUCGUUUUUGUAAAAUAAUCUUCUUGUGACACGCAUUUGUCUUCAGGUGGUUAAGCUGCCCUGUAAAAAAAAAAAUCUAAAUCCUUUUCAUAUUUCAUUUAGGUUUUGUUCUUUUGAUUUCUUCUCGAGGCUGCAGCUUAUUGUCAGCAGAUGCAGGGACUGGGAAGAGUCGAGGCUGAGUUUUAUAUCAACCCCUAGACUCUGACCCUGACCUCUUCCCACCCACUCACCAGAGGUUAGCUGUAGGCUACUCAGAGAGGACUGUGCGGCUUCUUCUGCCAUGUUGCUAAUAAUUCAAACGCCCUAAGAUUUACCAGAACUACUAGGUGGGAGGAGGCUAGGUGGUAGGAGUUAGGAGCCAGGUCAGUAGUAGUAAGGGGGUAAGAGGAUGACCGGGUGGGGGGGGGGGGGGGGGGGGGGGGGGCGGGGCUAGGGGUUUUGGAUCCAGUGAGCCUUCAGUCAGUCACUGAGUCAUGUGGAUAUGUUGUUACACUGGGGUGAGAGGAGCAGUUCUAGAAUGUCUUCUGUCAUUGAUCUCUAGGGAUGAUGAGCCGGUCUACAGAGAAACAUCCAUGCUCCGUCCCCCUAUCUGAAAUGCAGCUCGCAGGCCAUGUUUGUACCCUCUCAUCCUCCCAUCCUAGAAGGGAUCACUGAUCUCGCAUGAUGGGAUGGUUCAUACUAGCUUUGUACGGCAUACAGUAGCUUUCGCCUGUCCGUUCAUGUUAGAUCAGUGAUGACCUCAAGGAGGGAUGGAAGGAAGGUUGCAUUUUAAGUGUAUUGAAAUCCGGCCCCCUAGUCUGGUCCUGUGUCACAGUCAUGGCUGCCUGUCACCUAAGUGGUCAAGCAAUAUCUGCUAUUUGUGGUUCAUGACUGAACCACAAAACACAACAACUCUUUCACUGUUCAGCAUCUUCUGUACCGUGCUUUAUUAUUGGCUAAUCAAGUUGUUCUCCUGUACGGCCAGUCAGAUUAUGAACAUUCUCUAUGUAGGUACAGGUGAUAGGUCUGUCCAUUAGUUUAUUAGGAGCGCAACCUGGUGUAGCCCAGGUGGGUGGAAUAUUUCUGCUUUGGGAGAUGCCAUUGGAUGAAAGGCAAAAUUCCAUCUUACUCGAUCAGUCUGCGUGUCAAAAUAAUCACACUCUGGAGCACGUCGCUGGCUGGCUAUAAUGAACAGCAGGCAGCCAAUCAGAGCACACUGUUAGACAUCUCAUACCAACUAACAAUUGAAGCUUCUGUCUGAUUUUGUAAUUUAUGAAUGACUCUGCUUCUUACAUCGCCAAAUGUAACCAUGGAUUAUCGACUAGGAACAACACAAGGAUCAUUACAUGUUUGUUUGCAUGCUCGGGCAUAAGUAUUUGUGGGACCUUUGAGAAUUAACUAUAAAUGGUUAUUUUUAUGGCAAAUAUAGUAAAUACUGUAUCAGUUUUAACCUGUUUGUACAUUAUUGUUUCAAUUCAGUUAAUUGUGUUUUUAAUAGGACAUGCUUGUGUAUGAUACUAACUAAAAACUAUGUUGAAAAUAACUUUAUUGAUGGUGUCUUUUAUGAUAUGUGUGCAUGCAUUUGUGUGGUGCAUGGUCCUAUCCUGUUGUGGUAGUAUCCAGUGGUAACAAUGCAUGGAAUAGAAACAGGUAUCUUUC